AUGAAAGAUUAUGAUGAGCUUCUCAAAUACUAUGAAUUAUAUGAAACUAUUGGGACAGGUGGUUUUGCAAAGGUCAAACUUGCCUGCCAUAUCCUUACUGGAGAAAUGGUAGCUAUAAAAAUCAUGGAUAAAAAUGCACUAGGGAGUGAUUUGCCUCGGAUCAAAACAGAGAUUGAUGCCUUGAAGAACCUGAGACAUCAACAUAUAUGUCAACUCUACCAUGUGUUAGAGACAGCCAACAAAAUAUUCAUGGUUCUUGAGUAUUGCCCUGGAGGGGAGCUGUUUGACUAUAUAAUUUCCCAGGAUCGCCUGUCAGAGGAGGAGACCCGAGUUGUCUUCCGUCAGAUCGUAUCUGCCGUUGCUUAUGUGCACAGCCAGGGCUAUGCUCACAGGGACCUCAAACCAGAAAAUUUGUUGUUUGAUGAAUAUCAUAAAUUAAAGCUGAUUGACUUUGGUCUCUGUGCAAAACCUAAGGGUAACAAGGAUUACCAUCUACAGACAUGUUGUGGGAGUCUUGCUUAUGCAGCACCUGAAUUAAUACAAGGCAAAUCAUAUCUUGGGUCAGAGGCAGAUGUUUGGAGCAUGGGCAUCCUUUUAUAUGUACUUAUGUGUGGAUUUCUACCAUUUGAUGAUGAUAAUGUCAUGGCUUUGUACAAGAAGAUUAUGAGAGGAAAAUACGAUGUUCCUAAGUGGCUGUCUCCCAGUAGUGUUCUGCUUCUUCAACAAAUGCUACAGGUGGACCCAAAGAAACGAAUUUCUGUGAAAAAUCUUUUGAACCAUCCGUGGAUCAUGCAAGAUUACAACUGUCCAGUUGAGUGGCAGAGCAAGAAUCCUUUUAUUCACCUUGAUGAUGAUUGUGUAACAGAACUGUCUGUACAUCACAGGAACAACAGGCAAACAAUGGAGGAUUUAAUUUCAUUGUGGCAGUACGAUCACCUCACAGCUACCUAUCUUCUGCUUCUAGCCAAGAAGUCUCGGGGAGCACCAGUUCGUUUAAGGCUUCCUUUUUCCUGUGGACAAACCAAUGCUACGCCAUUCACAGAUAUCAAGUCAAAGAAUCUGAGUCUGGAAGAUGUGACCACAAGUGCUGAAAAUUAUGUGGCUGGAUUAAUAGACUGUGAAUGGUAUGAAGACAAUUCAACAGGUGUGGCUACUCCCCAAACACCACAGUUUACCAAGCAUUGGACAGAAUCAAAUGAACUGGAAUCUAAAUCAUUAACUCCAGUAUUCUGUAGAGCAUCUGCAAAUAAGUUAAAGAACAAAGAGAAUGUAUAUACUCCUAAGUCUGCUGUAAAGAAUGAAGAAUACUUUGUAUUUCCUGAGCCAAAGACUCCAGUUAAUAAGAACCAGCAGAAAAGAGAAAUACUCACUACACCAAAUUGUUACACCACACCCUCAAAAGCUAGAAACCAGUGCCUGAAAGAAACCCCAACUAAAACGCCGAUAAAUUCAGCAGGAACAGACAAAUUAAUGACAAGUGUCAUUAGCCCUGAGAGGCGGUGCCGCUCAGUGGAACUGGAUCUCAACCAAGCACAUAUGGAGGAGACUCCAAAAAGAAAAGGAACCAAAGUGUUUGGGAGCCUUGAAAGGGGAUUGGAUAAAGUUAUCACUGUGCUUACCAGGAGUAAAAGGAAAGGCUGUGCCAAAGAUGGACCAAGAAGGCUAAAGCUUCACUAUAAUGUGACUACAACCAGAUUAGUGAAUCCAGAUCAACUCUUGAAUGAAAUAAUGUCUAUUCUUCCAAAGAAGCAUGUUGACUUUGUACAGAAGGGAUAUACACUGAAGUGUCAAACACAGUCAGAUUUUGGCAAAGUGACAAUGCAGUUUGAACUAGAAGUGUGCCAGCUUCAAAAACCCGAUGUGGUGGGUAUCAGGAGGCAGAGGCUUAAGGGUGAUGCCUGGGUUUACAAGAGAUUAGUGGAAGACAUCCUAUCUAGCUGCAAGGUAUAA